GGGGGAGCACGGCGACCGCAACCUCCCCCGGCGCGCUCGGCCAGCUCCGACAGCCUGGCGCCGCGGUGCUCCCUCCCGCCGCCGCCGCCGUGCUCCCCGCCGCCGCCGUGCUCCCCGCCCAGCCUGGAGGAGGCCCUGCACAUCAUCCACAGCGCCGAGCCCCGCCUCCUCCCCGACGGCGCGGCCGACGGCGGCUUCUACCUCCACGCGCCCGAGGGGCGGGCCAAGCCGUGCUCCCCGCGCCCGUGCUCCCCCCCGCCGCCGUCCUCCCCGGCGCCCCCCGACGUGAGGAUGACCAGCUUCGCCGAGCGCAAGAGGCAGCUGGCGGUGGCCUCGGCCACGGCCGGGGCCUCCCCCUCCUCCUCCUCCUCCCCGUGCUCCCCCCCCCCGCCCCCCCCCCCGCCGCCGCCGCCGCCGCCGUCCUCCCCGCCCGACGCGGCGGCCGAGCUGGGCGCCCGCCUGGAGGAGAAGCGUCGCGCCAUCGAGGCCCAGAAGCGCCGCAUCGAGGCCGUGUUCGAGCGCCACCGCCAGCGCCUGGGCCGCAGCGCCUUCCUGCGGCUGCAGCGCGGGGAGCACGGGGAGCGGGAGGACGGGGAGCGGGAGGAGGAGGAGGAGCCGCCGAGGGAGGAGGCGCUGGAGCGCCCCGCCGGGGAGGGCCAGGCGCGGCCCAGGAGCGUCACCUUCGCGCCCGACGGGUCCGCCCCGCCGGGGGAGCACCGCCGCGAAGAGGAGGACUUGGGGGAGGGGGAGGAGGGGGAGGGGGAGGAGGAGGACUGCGAGCGGGCCGCGAGGCGCACCCGCGCCGGCCGCGUCGCCCCCGCGCCGGACCCGCCGCCGACCGCGUCCGCCCCGUGCGGGGAGCACGGAGCGAGGGAGGACUUGGGGGAGGACUUGGGGGAGGAGGAGGAGGACUACGAGCGCGCCGUGAGGCGCCUGGGCGCCGCCCUGGGCUCGCUGCGGCGCGACAUGCAGCGCCUGGCGGAGCAGCAGCAGCGUCUGCUCGGCCCCUCGGCGGCGGCCGCCGCGGCCCCGCCCACCGCCUGGGUGAUCCCCGUGCCGCCGUGCUCCCCAUCCGGCGGCCACCGCCACGGCGCCGUCCUCCCCGCCGCCAAGGCCCCGCCCUCCUCCUCCUCCUCGGCGGCGUCGCCCAGCCCGGCCCGUCGGGCCGCGGCGGCGGCCGUCGGGGGAGGAGGAGGAGGAGGAGGAGGAGGAGCAGCGGGAGCACGGAGAGCCGCGGAGCCGAGGCCGCCCCCCCCGCUGACCCGCGUGCUGGCCGCCCCCCGCGACGUGGACCGCCUCCCCCACCUCCGGAGGUUCGAUCCCAGCCAGGUCCCCGUGCAGACCAGGUCCUCCAUCCUGCUGGCCGGGGAGGACGGGGAUCGCGGCGGCGGCGGGGAGGAGGAGGAGGACGGCGAUUCCAGUCCCCCCGGGGCGGAGGACUCCCUGGAGGAGGAGGCCAAGGCGGCGGAAAGGGGGCCCCGCGCGGGGGUCGGAGGCUCGUGUGAGG